AAUCUAUCAUUGUUUCUCAUCCUCCCUUUGUCAGCGUCUUUUCCCUCUGCUUCUUCACCCUCUACCAUCGACUACCACCGUGAGGUGUGAGUCUCCUCCGUUGUUCAGAAAUUGUUACGACACCAAAAGUUCAAUUGUGUGAUUUACCCCUCUGCGCCGCCGAGAGAGCGAGAUGGGGAAGAGGGCGAAGAGUUCAAGGAAAGGGAAGAAAGCAUGGAGGGCAAACAUAAGCACGGAGGACAUAGAGGAUUUCUACGAGAAAACAACCAAAGACGCUCUCUCCGGCGGCAAUCUCUCCGCUGCUCCCACGGAGGAGCUCUUUCACGUCGACAAAUCCCGAGAUCUUUCGGUGAAGCGGAAGAUUGAGAAACAUAGGGUGAAGGUUCUCCGAUGUGAUAGCAUUUUGCAGAAAAACCCCUUUGUUCAGGCAGUGCCAUCAUCUAAGCCAAAGGCGAAGAAAAAUGAGAAGACAUCUGUCAAAGCAACUGAACCACCCAAAGAAGUUGAAAAGGUUAAUGGCGACGAUUCUGGAAUGGCGGACUUGUGGGGUGAUGGCCAAGGGGAACAAAAGAAUUAUUCUAGAAAGGCGUCAAAACCUUCGAUUAUUCCUCCUGCUGUAGAAGUUGAACCUGCAGGAUGUUCAUACAACCCUUCAUUUGACAGUCACCAGGAUGUGUUGGCUGAAGCAGUUGCUCAAGAAAUGCAGAAAGUCUACAAGGUGGAGUUGGGGCCAGAGCCUGUUCCUUUGACCAUUGAAGGAGAAAAAAUUACUGAAGAAGAUAGGUACUUUCUAGAAGUGGACAAUGGUAGUGAUGGGGAAGAUGAUGCAGAUGAUGAGAACAAGGGAACCGAGUCAGAGAAAAGGCUUUUGAAAACAAAGAGGGUAACCCGUGUGGAAUUGAACAAGCGAAGUAGACAAAAAGAACAACAAAAGAAGGAAUCCGAGGAAAAGAAGAAAACUGAGAUAUCGAAAGAAAUUGACAGUUUGCCGAGCAUCUUACAAGAAAUAGCCAACGAAGAUGAGGAAAAACAGAAGAGACAUCUACGGCGAGUCAUUGCUAAGCAGGAAAUACUAAAGACACGUCCUCCUCGGCUGGGAAAACACAAAUUUGAGCCUGCUCCAGUUCAAGUCCUGUUAUCCGAAGAAGUCACCGGAUCACUUCGCAAGCUAAAGGCAUGUUGCACACUUGCGAGGGACCGGUUCAAGAGCUUGGAGAAACGAGGACUGAUCGUCCCGACAAAGAACACAAGGAAGAACUAGAAGCAGUUUUCACUUGCCAGAAGGAAGCCUCUGUCUUCGUACGACAAACCGCAGAGACAUUUCCCAUCGGUUCAUAUACUUUUGAGCAGAUUUGCUAAUGGUUGAAUUUUCAUUGCAUGUUUACUGAAACUCACUUCAACAAUUUUAUUUCUUGCAACCACAAAUUUCGAUGCAUCUUUUAAUGUAUGUGAUCAAGUGAAACUAUUUCGUUCAAAUGAGAAAAAGGGUCCAACAAUUUCCAACA